AGUGUGCCCAUGGACACUCGCGCGCCGCGGCUGUGAGCGCGCUCUAGAGUGGCCCGAACCGCCCCCGGGGGCAGCAGCCCGCCGCCUCCGCCCCAGGUCCAUCCAGGAUGUACGUGACAGCCGUGAUCGUAAUAGCUCUUUCAGCUACAAUGUUCAUGAUCAGGGCUGAGGGCGCGAGUUUCCUCCUUUGCGAGCCAUGCAAUACCAUAAAAGAUUGCCAGAGAAAGCCCGAGGAUGAAUGUAAAUUUGGCCAAAGUCAAAAUACGUGCGGCAGAUGGGAGUGCGCCAAGGGGCCCCUGGAGUCGUGCGGCGGGUACUUAAACCGCCUGGGCCAGUGCGGAGAAGGAAUGACGUGCCGCUGCAACCGCUGCAUGGGCUGCUACGCCGAGUCGCUGCAGUGCGCGCUGUCGAACCUGGUGCUCAACUGCUGAGACCGAGGCCGCCGCGCCGCCGCGCCCACACCUGCAGUAUUACCGCUCGCCCCACACUCCCACACUCGCAUCUAUUUAUUAUAUCACAUCACGUCACCACGCAUUCCACUCACUUCAUUUCUCUUCCUCUCGCCACACCUUCCCUUCCUGUGCCAUGUAUAACACUUUACCUAUAUAUUAUUUAUUUUAUAUUUGUUGCGCAGUUCUCUAUUUUGGGAAUAUAGAUAUGUAAUAUUUAACGAAACCAAACCUGUAAAUAUUAUAAUUAUACAAUAAAUAUAUGCCAUUUCAACAA